AUGAUGGAGAUUUUGUCGCGUUUGAACCCAAAUUCGUUAUCUGGUGCGUCCGACAUCAUCAUAGUAGAAUAUGAAGACGGCUCCAUGAAAUCUUCACCAUGGCAUUUGCGAAUUGGAAACCUUGGUUUAAUUCAUCACUUAAAUAAAGUCAUAUCAGUAACAAUAAACGAUACACCAGCGCCAUUCAUGAUGUAUGUUAACAAAUGGGGAAUCGGCCAAUUCUUCGCAUCUCAAAAAAUGAAAGCAAAAGCACCAGCCAAAAACAUGAUUUAUCCUUCAGUCACAAAAUCCCAGUUAAGUGUUUCUCCUGGAGAUAUUAGAGGUAUUCUUGGUUCCAAAUCUAACAAAAAACCAAUAAACUCCGAAAUAUCAACUUAUUUGACACGAAACUCAGCAGUAGAUAUCGAUGCUGCCUUCAUUUAUGACGAUCCUGAUCCAGAGCCAAUAUCAACAGCCCCAUCCUCAGUUGAUUUAGUUCAAUCAGUAAGUUCAUCGACUUUUGAGAACGAUACAGAAAUGAUAAAAGGCAUCGAAUCGAGUGCGCCCGUUCCCUCAUCAAUGCUUUUACAGAUUGUCAGGCCAUUAAUUCAUUUUGGUCGAAACGAAAUCGAAUUUACAGUUUCGUCACUUUUACAAGGUCCGAAAGUUGUCAAAGCUUUGCUUUUUCUUUUAAAAGCAUCCGAUAAAAUUGUUGUAAGCGACAUUGACGGCACAGUUACGAAAUCCGAUGCAAUAGGCCAAGUUUUCGGAGCGAUCGGAGCUGAUUGGACACAGCCAGGGCUUGCAAAACUAUACGAUAAGAUUGCUUCUUACGGAUGCCAGUUCAUUUACUUAACAGCGCGUCCUGUAAGUCAAGCAUCUGUUACUCGUCACCUUUUAUCGAGAAUUGACCAAGAAGGAACAAAGCUUCCUGAUGGUCCGUGCAUUCUAGCUCCAGAUGGUUUCAUACACGCUUUCACAAGAGAAGUUGUGAAAAGGGAACCUCAGAAAUUUAAGAUUCCGACCAUUGAUACGAUCAUUAAGUUGUUCCCCGAUGAUAAGAACCCUGUUGUUUUGGCUCUAGGAAACAAAAACUCAGACGUAAUCUCUUACGAAUCAAAUAAAAUUACAAGAGAGAAAAUCUUUUUAUUUGAUACAAAACACCACGUUCUGAGUGCUGAUGGAAAGGUUGUUUGUGAUUCGAUCAUUGAUUGGACCCCACAAAUACAAGAUUAUUUAGGUCUUUAA